CCAGGCUUCACGGAGAUCAUGCCCUGGCAGAGCGUGCCCCUGGAGGAGAGCCUGCCCACUUGCCAGCGGGGCGACACCUUCCCUGUGGGUGAGGUGAAGAUGCUAGAGAAGCAGACGAGCCCGCCCGACUACCUGACGGAGGCUGAGCUCAUCACGCUCAUGGAGAAGCAUGGCAUUGGCACAGAUGCCAGCAUCCCUGUGCAUAUCAACAACAUUUGCCAGCGCAACUACGUCACUGUGGAGAGCGGGCGCCGGCUCAAGCCCACCAACCUCGGCAUCGUCCUGGUGCACGGCUACUACAAGAUUGACGCAGAGCUGGUGCUCCCCACCAUCCGCAGUGCAGUGGAGAAGCAGCUGAACCUGAUCGCCCAGGGCAAGGCUGACUACCGCCAGGUCCUGGGCCACACCCUGGACGUGUUCAAGAGGAAGUUCCACUACUUUGUCGACUCCAUUGCCGGCAUGGAUGAGUUGAUGGAGGUGUCUUUCUCGCCCCUGGCGGCCACAGGCAAGCCCCUCUCACGCUGUGGGAAGUGCCACCGCUUCAUGAAGUACAUCCAGGCCAAGCCAAGCCGCCUGCACUGCUCCCACUGCGAUGAGACCUACACGCUCCCCCAGAACGGCACCAUCAAGCUCUACAAGGAGCUCCGCUGCCCUCUAGAUGACUUCGAGCUGGUCCUGUGGUCUUCAGGUUCUCGGGGCAAGAGCUACCCUCUGUGCCCCUACUGCUACAACCACCCACCCUUCCGAGACAUGAAGAAAGGCAUGGGCUGCAACGAGUGUACGCACCCCUCCUGCCAGCACUCGCUGAGCAUGCUGGGUAUCGGCCAGUGCGUGGAAUGUGAGAGCGGGGUGCUGGUGCUGGACCCCACCUCGGGCCCCAAGUGGAAGGUGGCCUGCAACAAGUGCAACGUGGUAGCGCACUGCUUCGAGAACGCCCACCGCGUGCGGGUGUCCGCCGACACCUGCAGUGUCUGUGAGGCCGCCUUGCUUGACGUGGACUUCAACAAGGCCAAGUCCCCACUCCCGGGCGAUGAGACGCAGCACAUGGGCUGCGUCUUUUGUGACCCCGUCUUCCAGGAGCUGGUGGAGCUGAAGCAUGCGGCCUCCUGCCACCCCAUGCACCGCGGUGGACUAGGGAGAAGGCAGGGUCGAGGGCGGGGCCGAGCCAGGAGGCCCCCUGGGAAGCCCAACCCCAGACGGCCCAAGGACAAGAUGUCAGCCCUGGCCGCCUACUUUGUAUGAUGGCCCUGUCCUCCCUCACCCAGGCUGCAGUGCCAUGCAGACACCUCAUGGCACUUCAGACUAUUAAAAUGCAUUUUAUUUUAUCCAGA